GAAUUCUUUCUGCUGUUGAAGAUGAAGAAAUUAUCAAUGCUACUGAAUUUCAAAAUAAAGCAAAUUUACUUAAAAAUAACAAUCUUGAUACUCUUCUGUAUGGGUUUUCUAGAGAGGAUGAUUAUUUCACUGCUUUUACUUCUGCAGUAGUUGAUUUUUUUAAUAAUGUUAACCAAACUAUUGCAACAGAGGAAGCAUUAAUGGAUUAG